CAAUUACAUUCGUCGUGGGCGGGAGAUGGCGCUGCUAAAUGAAGUCGCAUGAGUCUAAAUGUAACUGUUGUUUGUGUGGCGGUUUUCUGGAUUGUUGAUCUGUUUUUGAGAUGUUUAUGAGACAUUUCUUUGCCGAAGUAAAAGUCCAGCUUUGAUUUGAGAAUCACACCGGUGGACUUGGCUUCUUGAAAGGAUAUCAAGCUAUCAGAGGACAUUAGCCAGCGAAGUUAGCUAAGCUAACCGGCCAGACUGGAACAUGCCGAAUUUUUGCGCGGCUCCAAACUGCACACGGAAGAGUACACAGUCCGAUUUGGCAUUUUUUCGAUUUCCUCGAGACCCUGAGAGAUGCAGAAUCUGGGUGGAGAAUUGCCGCAGGGCGGAUCUCGAAGCCAAAACAGCCGACCAGUUGAAUAAGCACUACAGAUUAUGUGCCAAACACUUUGACCCCGCCAUGGUGUGCAAAACUAGCCCCUACAGGACGGUCUUAAAGGACACGGCCAUCCCGACCAUUUUUGAUUUGACAAGCCAUCUGAAAAACCCUUACACCAGGCAUCGGAAGCAGAUAAAAGAACUUACUGAUGAAGACAUACAGAGGAUUAAAGAGAGACGACUGGCUUCUGCUGAGCAGACCAUCAAAAAAGAGGAUCUGUCAAACAUCGUUGACAACGAGCCUCAGCUCUCAGCCGAUGAGAAAGAGUACCGGGAUUAUUUGAGGUCUUUGUUUGAGAUUCUGUUCAUGCUGGCAAAACAAGCAAUCCCUUUGACCACCGGCAGAGUAUCCGAAGAAGAACUCAAGUCCAACAACUUCCAGGCUGUCAUAGAUUACUGCAUGAAUGCCGGAGACGAGGCUCUGAGGAAGAGAUUCGAGGUGACUGCGGUGAACAGCGAGUACCUCAGCGGUGCCCAGCUGAAUCAGCUCCUCGACGUUUGCGAGAACACGGUGAGGGAGGAGAUGCUCAUGGAGGUGAGGGAGAGUCGUUUCUACUCCCUGGUGACGGGCGACCUGGUCGAAUUCGCCAACAGCAAACACUUGCCCGUGUUCCUCCGCUUUGUCAACCAGCAGAACGUUCUCAGAGAGGAGUUCGUGGACUUCCUCCCGUUCGUGGACGGAGACGAGGCGGCGCUGGUGGAAAGCCUGGAGGCUCUCCUGGUUGACCGCUGGGGACUCAGCAUGGAGGACUGCCGUGGUCAGGCCCACAAGGCCACCGGGACCGCCACCACUAAGAUGAAAGCUGUUGCCGUACUGCUUAUGGAGAAGUACCCUCUCGCGCUGCACAUGCCUUGCUCGCAUAUGGCGCUGAACAUCCACCUCGCCAACAACCUACCUUUCCCCAACGUGCAAAUCGUCAUGGAGAAUCUGAGGAGGAUUACGUCCUUCUUUAAAACCCCACACACUCAGGAUGAGCUGGAGAAGGCCAUCUCCAUUCAGUUCCAGAAGAAUGAGGAGAAAGGAAAUGCUCUCAAAAAGAUGUGCUCCUCCGGAUGGACGGAGCAACACAACAUCUUUGACGUGCUGCUGGAUAUCUUACCUUCACUCCUGCUGUGCAUGGAUAGCAUUCGGGAGAAUGGCGGUGGAAAGUUUUCCAGUAGCGUCACUGCGGAUGCGUAUUCCAUCGGAGAAAGCAUCGCGGACUUUGAGGUGAUUGUCACCGUCGUCAUCUUGAAGAACGUUCUGACGUUCACCAGAGCCUUCGGGAGAAACCUUCAGGGGGAAACGCUCGACGUGUUCUCCGCCGCAAACAGCCUAACGGCGGUUCUGUACUCUCUCAAUGAGGUCAACGACAACAUCGACGUGUACCACGAGUUCUGGUACAGCGAGGCCGUCAGCUUGGCCGCCCUCAUGCAGAUCCCCGUGUCCGUCCCGAGGCUCUUCCUCCGGAAGCAGCGGGCGGCCGACCUCGGCGAGAUCCAGGCCGAGACCUACUUCAAGGAGUACGUGACCGUGCCCGUGAUCCGCGGCAUCAUGCAGGAGGUGGAGGACAUGUUCUGCGACAACAACCUCCGAGCUCUCAAGUGCCUGUCGCUGGUUCCGGCCGUCAUGGGCCACAUGAAGUUCAACACCACGGAGGAGAACUUUGCCGAGGUCUACAGCGGCGACCUCCCGAACCCGGACACGCUUCCCGCCGAGCUCCACUGCUGGAGGAUCAAGUGGAAGCACAGAGGGAAAGAGGUGCGCUUGCCCACCACCAUCCACGAGACCCUGCAGCUGCCGGACGUCAAGUUCUUCCCCAACGUGGACGCCUUCCUCAAGGUGCUGUCCACCAUGCCGGUGCUCAAAGUCGAGAAAGGCACGGGCGACACCGCCACCGAGCGGCUGCGGGCGUACGUCGGCAGCGUGCCUGCGAGGCAUUUAAACAAAAGUCUUGCGAUGCUCCACAUCAACACCCACGUCAAGCACGACCUGGAUGUCAUGGUGGACAAAUACUGCCGGCUGUACCCCGAGGAUGACCCCGAGGCUGAGGCCGAGGACGUCAGCGAAGAUGUUAUUGUGACCAAAGUGAUCUGAAGCUUUGGGUCAGAUUCUCUCUUUGAGUAAAAUACCACAGUUUUAACUGCAAAUAAAAUAAAAUAGAAUAGAUUAUUAGCUUAUUACUGCAUCUGCAAUAAUUUUGUCAUCUUAACGCCACGCAGUCGGUUGUUUUAGCAGACAUGGUGCUACUUAGCCCGCUAGCUGUAGCUACACAAUAGUUACUACAAAAGAGUUAAAGGUGGUGAUACCAUGACUUUACUACGAUGGAGCAUCAGGGCCACGUUACGAGAACUAAGAUCAUAAAAUUUGAAUAAAGUUGUGAGAAUUAAGUAGUAUUACAAGUUGUACAAUAAUAAAAUCCAAAAUAAUACAAGAAUAAAGUCGUAUAUCGACUCUAGUCUUGUAAAAGAAUCGUUUUCUUAAUACUGUUACUUUAUUUUCGUACGAGUUUAUUUACAUUGUACAAACAACUCAAUCUUUCUUGGAAGGAUGAGUCACGUUGGUUAAUAGACGAAACGACGAAGCUUCAGCUCGUCAGCAGAACAACGAUGUUAAAGUUCGCUCCGAAAUUCAAAACAAAUGCGAAGUGGAUGUUUGUUUUCAAAGCUUACAAUUUUGAGACUUUUAUCUAAAAAUGACAGGAAGUGCUUAUUGUGUGAUGUGUAAAUAUUCAGCGUUUCUCCAGCAGACUGUUGAGCUCUUGUACGGGAUGAUGCCGUAAUAAAAUGAAUCAAAUCUUUGGGGAGGGGUUAUUAUCUUUUUUAUUAUUAUUAUUAUUAGCCUUUUGAUAUUUGUGACUUUUGUAAUUGAUCUGAUAACUUCUGUGUUUUUUUUUUUUUCUAAAUCAAAUGAUGCAGGCAGAUCUGUUUUUUUAGAAAAAGGCUCUUCACCUGGAUACCAAAUGGGAGCAGCAGCAAAAGUUUGGUCAUUUGUCUCCUACUGUGUUCCUUUAUUCUGGUUUUAAAUAGUGUUGGAAGUUUGUCUAUACUAUGUUCAUUUAUUGUGUUAUGCCAGGACACCUCUAAACAAAAUGUGAUGUUUUUUUUCUACUUGUGCUUUGAACAUGACUUUGUUUUUGUAUAUUUUUGAGAGAAAUGUUUAAUUAGUUUCUAUUAAACGCCCUGUAAAGAACAUAAAAUCUGUUCCUUUUUA